AUGAAUCAAACAAUAAAUGUUGAACAGUUAAAUUCUGCUCUAACAUCAUUGAGAACGUUGCGUCUAAGCGUGAGCCAUGUCUUUGAUACGCUUUCAAACGGUUUACGGGCUGACCACGGCGAAGAAGGCAAAGAUAAGUUUCUUCUCGAACUCCAAGAGCUGCUUAACAAUGUGAAUACCAACCUCCGAGAUCUAGAACAAACCGUUAGCGGAUUACCAAUACCAACAGCACCAUUUAAUCUCGGUAACACAACUUUCUUAAGUCAAGAAACUACUCAAGACCGACAAGCGUUGUAUACACAAUUAGUGAAUAGUUACAAAUGGACAGAUAAAAUACACGAAUACAGUUCCUUCGCGCAUACUUUACUGAGUCAAAACUCAUUGAAACGGUCAUACAUAAACUCUGGCAGCACAAAACGCAGAGGAAAAUUACAGAGUAACCACAACGUCGCGCCUUUACAAGUCGACAAUGUCAUAAACAAUAUAGAUAGAUCCUACAAUGAUAUGAAGAUAACGAUAUCACGACCAUUCGCAAGUAAUGCAGUAGUUCAAAUAAAUUUGAGCCAUGUCCUUAAAGCUGUUGUUGCUUUCAAAGGUCUUCUUAUGGAGUGGGUGAUGGUGAAAGGAUAUGGUGAAACUUUAGAUUUAUGGACUGAAUCUCGUCACCAUGUAUUCAGAAAAGUUACUGAGAAUGCCCAUGCAGCAAUGUUACAUUUUUAUUCACCUACAUUACCAGAAUUAGCAGUGCGAUCAUUCAUGACCUGGUUGCACAGCUAUGUAAACUUGUUUAGCGAGCCAUGCAAACGAUGUGGAUGCCACCUUCAUCAUGUCUCCCUCUUACCACCUGCCUGGAGGGACUUCCGCACAUUGGAGCCAUUUCAUGAUGAAUGCAAGCAAUAG